GAGCCGUCAAAACAAUUGCCUCGAGCGGCAGCCAUAAUGAAUUUAAAGGGACAGUACUGGCAAGAUAGGCAGCCAGACCAACAGAUUGCAGACUGGGUGAGGCCCCCAGGCCAGGAUGUCAGGCCUCAUGUUGGGGCAGCGGGAUGAGCCUGCAGGGCACCGGCUCAGCCAAGAAGAGAUCCUGGGGAGCACUCGGCUGGUGAGCCAAGGGCUGGAGGCCCUACACAGUGAACACCAAGCUGUGCUGCAAAGCCUGGCCCAGACCAUCGAAUGUCUACAGCAAGGAGGCCACGAGGAAGGGCUGGUACAUGAGAAGGCCAGGCAGCUGCGCCGUUCUAUGGAAAACAUCGAGCUGGGGCUGAGUGAGGCCCAGGUGAUGCUGGCCCUAGCCAGCCACCUGAGCACAGUGGAGUCAGAGAAACAGAAGCUGCGGGCUCAGGUGCGGCGGCUAUGCCAGGAGAACCAGUGGCUUCGGGACGAGCUGGCGGGCACCCAGCAGCGGCUACAGCGAAGUGAACAGGCUGUGGCUCAGCUAGAGGAGGAAAAGAAGCACCUGGAGUUUCUGGGGCAGCUGCGGCAGUAUGAUGAGGAUGGGCACACUGCGGAGGAGAAGGAAGGUGAUGCCUCCAAGGAUUCCCUAGAUGACCUCUUCCCCAAUGAGGAGGAAGAAGACCCCAGCAAUGGCUGUAAGUUUGCCUCUGGAGUUGAAGGGUUAAAAGUGGCAGCAGGAGGCUGGUCUCAGCCGUGGCCCACCCUGUACACAAGAUGUUCAUAUUCCGAAAUAAGCUGUCCACUUCCUCUAGAGGUGGGACAUGAGCUAAGAUAUUUCUCCUCCCCUCAGCUUCUGGCUAUGGUGGCUGCCACACUCAACAAUCUGGCUGUGCUCUAUGGCAAAAGGGGCAAAUACAAGGAGGCAGAGCCAUUGUGCCAGAGGGCUCUGGAAAUUCGAGAAAAGGUCCUGGGUACUGACCACCCAGAUGUGGCAAAGCAGCUAAACAAUCUGGCUCUAUUGUGCCAAAACCAGGGCAAGUAUGAGGCUGUGGAACGUUAUUACCAGCGGGCACUGGCCAUCUAUGAGGUGCAGCUGGGGCCAGACAACCCUAAUGUAGCCCGGACCAAGAACAACCUGGCUUCCUGUUACCUGAAACAGGGCAAGUAUGCUGAGGCUGAGAUACUAUACAAAGAGAUCCUGACCCGUGCCCAUGUGCAGGAGUUUGGAUCUGUGGAUGAUGAUCACAAGCCCAUCUGGAUGCAUGCAGAGGAGCGGGAAGAAAUGAGCAAAAGCCGGCACCACAGAGAGGGCAAUACACCCUAUGCUGAGUAUGGAGGCUGGUAUAAGGCCUGCAAAGUGAGCAGCCCUACAGUGAACACUACACUGAGAAACCUAGGAGCUCUGUACAGACGCCAGGGAAAGCUGGAGGCAGCUGAGACCCUGGAAGAAUGUGCCCUGCGUUCCUGGAAACAGGGAACUGACCCUAUCAGCCAGACCAAGGUGGCAGAGCUGCUUGGGGAAGGUGACAGUAGAAGGACUUCCCAGGAAGGUGCUGGGGAUAGUGUGAAAUUUGAGGGAGGUGAAGAUGCUUCUGUGGCUGUGGAGUGGUCAGGGGAUGGCAGUGGCACCUUGCAGAGGAGUGGCUCUCUGGGCAAGAUCCGGGAUGUGCUUCGUAGAAGCAGUGAACUCCUGGUGAGGAAGCUCCAGGGGACUGAUCCUCGGCCCUCCAGCAGCAACAUGAAGCGAGCAGCCUCCUUGAACUAUUUGAAUCAGCCCAGUACAGCACCCCUCCAGGUCUCCAGGGGCCUCAGUGCCAGCACUUUGGACCUCUCUUCAAGCAGCUGACAUUCAACCCAUCCCCCAGGUCUGCUGGGUCCCCCCAUUGUCCUCACAGCAUUCCCCAUUGCUCCUGGCUCUUUCCCACCUGAAGGUGGGACAGGGAAGGGGGAACAGUUUAACCAGAAGAUUGCUGCUGCCUUUAGGGUUUCAGCUCCCUCCUCAGGAAUCCCCCUUAGGGAAUAGCCCUCAGGAUACCCUCUCCUCACCCUGUGGUCCUCUAGAGUAGCUAGCUCUGAGGCUCCCAAGGUGGGCAAGAAGCAAGUAUACACCUCAGAGAUGUAGCCUGCUGUUGGCUUUUCUGUCGGAGGGUUGGGGGCUGGCCAGCCAAGCUGCCUUGCUCUGGCCUCUCCUGGUCCCACCUCUGUUGCCUCACUUCAGGUCCAUGUAUUUCACUUUUCUUAAAUAAAAGAAUCAGGUAAACUUUC